UCUCAAUCACUAUCGUCUUGUUUCACACUCACUGCCAAUUUCUCCUCCUCUUCCAUCCCUGUAGGGUUUCAUAGGCGUUGUCUGGAUACCAGAGAACUUGAUUUUUGUUCUCGAAAAUUCGAAAGAAAGCUCCACCGUUUGAUCCUCUAAUGCAUGCAGCCGGAUUACCCUUUUCCCACAGAUCCACAGCCGGAAUUCUCUCUGUUCCAUCACCCUUUGCUGUGUUGGCAUCGGUGAAUUGAGGUACUCGAGGACGGAGGACCGUAAGAAGCUGUAAUGAAGCCCGAACCUGGAUCCGAAAUCGAGCUGCAGGGGCCCGGGCCCGGGCCCGAAUUCAGCCACAGUGAUUCGGCUCGCCCCGAUCCGGACGCUUGGGAUUGUGUGGACCACUGCAAUGUGCUCAGAGUUAGGCCGAGCGAGGCCAAGGGUUUCGCCGUGUAUUCCAGGAGCAAGAGGUUGAACGAUAGGUGUGUAAGUGGAGUUGGAUAUUUGAAUAAACUCCAGAAGGAUUCGGAUAUUUUGGUGAAGGCUGAGGAGGGCGUGAAUUCGGACAGCGAUGCUGUUCUGGUUGGUGGUCAAGUUCUCAAAAAUGGUGGGGCUGAGGGUAGUAUAGAGACUUCGGGGGUUAAAGGAGGGGAUUCUGAGGAUGAAAUGAUGGAGAUUGAAGUAAAAGAGGAGACGUUUGUACGGAGGUUUAUGCGUCCUGUGUUUAAAAUGAAAGACGACUCUGAAACAGAGAACGGGAAUUUAAGAGACGCUGUGAUUUUGGAGGCGGAUGGUUUUGCGUGUGAAAGUUUAGCAGUGUCGGGUAGUCUCGAAACGAGAAAGGUGGAGAUGAAGAUGCCAAAGCAAAUACUUUUGAAAGGGCUGCCAACGACAGUUAGAGAGCUUUUCGAGACUGGGUUACUGGAAGGAUAUCCGGUAGUCUACAAUGGUGGCAAGAGGGGAUUCCCACUACGUGGAACAAUAAAAGAUACUGGGAUCCUCUGUUCUUGCAGUUUGUGCAAUGGAACUCGGGUAGUCCCGCCUUGUCAAUUCGAGAUACAUGCCAGCAAAUCAUAUAGACGUGCAUCUCAGUAUAUAUGCUUGGAGAAUGGAAAGAGCCUCUUGGAAGUGGUCAAAGAAUGCCGUAAAUCUACCGUAAAAGCAUUAGAACAGACUAUUCGAAACUUCGUUGGGCCUUUGCCUGUGAAGGAAUCAGUCAUUUGUUCAAACUGCAAGAGUGAGUUUCUAAUGUUUAGCACUGGGUGUGUGUCUGUGUUAUGUGUUUUGUCAUCAUUAAUCUCCAGUGUGUUUGCUGUAAUCACUUCUAAGGGACUGCUUGGUGCUGUUUGGGUUGUAGGGAAUUUUCUUGCAACGUCAGCUGCAAAGGUGGAACGACUCUGUGAUUCUUGUGUGAUUAUUCUAAAUUCAGAAUUUGAUACUGAUUGUGAAAAAUCAAGUCCUUGGGAGAAACAUUUUGCCUUGGGAAUGCCUGAAAAUAGUGAAGUGCGUAACUCGCCAAAGAAAAGGGGUUGGCGAGGGAGGAAAAAGAGAAAGCAUUCAGAGUUGACAAAUCAUGCGACAUCUACCGGAAAAUCCUUGUUGCAUGCAACGAGAAAAAAGAGCCAAAGGAAUAUUUUAAAAAUGUUGUCAAAGUCAGCUUCUGUGGAAAAGUCAUCAGAAAGUACUUCAAUGGGUUGCUACGAUUCAACUUCACAUGUUAGGACUUCCAUGCAUGGCUCAGUGAAGAUUAAGUCUACAAGAAAGAUCAUAAAGAAGCCUUUCAGAAAUUCAAAAACUACAUCACUCUCCAAGUCUUCGAAAGGUGGAUCUCCUUCCGGCUCUAUUCAAUCAAUGAGUUCAUUGAAAAUAACUAAAAAGGAUCAGAGAAUGCAUAGAUUGGUCUUCGAGAAAGGUGGAUUACCAGACGGCACAGAAGUUGCUUACUAUUCUAAUGGCAAGCUAUUGCGUGAUGGUUAUAAGAUGGGAUCUGGAAUAAUUUGCCGCUGCUGCAGCACUUUGGUUAGUCCAUCUUUGUUUGAAGCUCAUGCUGGACGGGCCUCUCGCAGAAAACCCUAUAUGUACAUUUACACGUCUAAUGGAGUGUCUCUCCAUGAAUAUGCGGUCUCUCUAUUAAAAGGGCGCAAGUAUUCUUCCAAAGACAAUGAUGACUUGUGCAUCAUAUGUGCAGAUGGUGGGAAGCUUGUUCUUUGUGACGGCUGUCCAAGGGCCUUUCACAAAGGUGAGUGUGCAUCUCUGUCAAGCAUCCCUCGUGGUAAAUGGUAUUGUACAUAUUGUCAGAAUAUGUUCCAGAGGGAAAGAUUCGUUCAGUGGAAUGCCAAUGCUGUUGCAGCAGGCAGAGUUUCUGGUAUUGAUUCAAUAGAGGAAAUGAGAAAUCGUUGCACACGCCAUGUGAAGAGUCCGGAAGAAGCUGAAGUGAUUGCAUGUGUGAUCUGCAGGGGCUAUGAUUUUAGUAAAACUGGUUUUGGUCCACGGACUGUUAUCUUGUGUGAUCAGUGCGAAAAAGAAUAUCAUGUAGGCUGUUUGAAAAAAUGCAAGAUGGCUGAUCUAAAGGAACUUCCAAAAGGAAAAUGGUUCUGCACUGCAGACUGCAAGUGGGUAUAUUCUGCUCUGCAGAAUUUGCUGAAUGCUGGUGCGGAAAAGCUUCCUGAUUCGUCUUUGGAGAUUAUAAAGAAGAAGCUAAUGGAAAAUACUCCUGAGGCUGAUAUUGAUUUUGACGUGAGAUGGAGACUUUUGAACGGGAAAGUUACUUCUCGAGAAACCAGGGUGCUACUGUCGCAGGCUGUAGCUAUAUUUCAUGAUUCUUUUGACCCAAUUGUUGAUUCAGAGACUGGACGGGACUUCAUACCUGCUUUAGUUUAUGGGAGGAAUAUAAGGGGUCAAGACUUCAGUGGAAUGUAUUGUGCUAUUUUGACGGUGAACUCAGCAGUUGUAUCAGCCGUCAUCCUUCGGAUUUUUGGACAAGAAGUAGCUGAACUUCCAUUGGCUGCAACACGUGGUGGUAAUCAGGGCAAGGGAUAUUUUCAAAUACUGUACUCGUGCAUUGAGAAAUUGCUGGCAUUUUUGAACGUAAAAAGCCUUGUUCUCCCAGCUGCUGAUGAUGCAAAGUCAAUUUGGACAGAAAAGUUUGGAUUUGGACAGAUUCCUCAAGAGCAGCUUUUGAGUUACAGGAAAAUAUGUUGGCAGAUGAUGACUUUCGAGGGAACGUCCAUGUUACAAAAAGCUGUUCCAAAAUGCCGAAUCAUAAACCAAGACAAAGCAGAUUCAGAUGUGACCGUGCAGUGACUGGGAAAGCAAAAACUUCAAGCCAUUUAUCUUGCAACUUCUUGGGUUUUGUGUUCAUUAAUAUUUUGAUGAGCUUUCGGAAUAAACCAGCAGCUGUAGAUUCUAGUUGAAACGAGUCUGGCUGAGAAGGAAUAAGGAAAAUUGCUUGAAGUUGAGGAUCAUUAUGUUUACGUCAGGCGAGGAAUGGUUUAAUGAAGAAAAAGUACUUAGCAUUAAGGCUAGUAUUUUUAGGUAAAUUUAAACCAAACAUGCCUGUCAAGAUUUGGGCAUUCGAACUUUCGGCUUGAAGAACCCAUCAUAUGUUACCCAAUGUCGUUGUAGUCUGGUGGUUCCUGUAUAUUGUAUCGUGGAAUUUGUAUGUAUGCUUUUAUUGUUUACCCUAGAAGAUUAUUUUGCCUGAUGUAGUUUUUUUGAUUCAAUGCAGCUCAAUGCUAAUCAGUAAGAAGAAUUUGUUAUUGAAAAUGGAUAGGAUGAGGAUGUAAUGUGAUGUGAUGUGAUGUGA